AUGUCGUCCCUACUGAGGAAGGAGAUGCAGAGGAUGUUGUUUAGACCUGAAGGACAGAAACUACAGAAGUUUAUAGAGAUACAUGAAGCAACGUCGGGAAGAACAUUUUCUCUGUGUUUACGUGACCAAGACCAAAGAGGUGCAGCUGUGUGUGGUGAGAUCUCAGAAAUCACUCUAUUCUGGAUCAAACAAGUUGCUGAAUUCCAGAAUUCCGGAUCAAAAAAGAAGCUCAAGUCUCAGUUUUGCCUGAGUUCCUGCUUGGAGGACUCCUACCUGAGGACAGAAGUCUGGCUCCUCCAGGACCUCACCCUGCUGGACGGGCGGGAUCCCGACGUGGACGACCCGUGUUUCCUGAUGCACUUCUCCACUGUGAGGUCGGUGACGGCCUUCAGCUGCGGCGCCAAGUACAGCAUGGCGCGGGCCCUGGUUGCCCUGAGCGACAAGCACUGCGGGCGUCCUUUGACUCUGGUGAACUAUGACCUGGCCUACAUCGGCCCGUCGUCCAUAUAUUUGAACAGAGGAGACUGUGUGGUGCUGAUGCAGAUAUGUUUCUACGCCGCUAACCUGGUGUGUCUGUCCUUGUGCCCGUACCUCUGGACUGAGAGUGAUAUUUCUAUUUAUUAUGGAUCCUCAAGACAGCAUUACUCUUCCUGGGGUCCGGCAAAAUGA